GCGGUGGGCGGGGCUCGCCUACACGUGCAGUCGCGGGGCAUGCCGGGAGCCAGGCAGACGCUGCACAAGUACUUUAUCACCAACUGCAAUUUCCUGCGGUCAGUGACAAACAACUUAUCGAGGUGAUAGCAGGAGCGGAAGCUGAAGCUAUAUAACCCUCGUCGACCUGACUGCAUGGUCUCCUUGGUGUGAUCUGAGCCAUACAGGAUAUAGGAUUGCCCCGUCAGUUCUUUUACAAGUCAGAGAAUUCUCCACGAUUACAUAACAACAAACUUUGUGAAUCCUCAGGAGAGUAUGAUAAAGAUCCCAGUAUAACUACACAAACUAUCUCGUGUGUUCCUUUUCCCAACAAUCAACUACUGUGACAGCAGCAGGAACAGAAAGUCCACCGAGGGAUGUGAGUCAUGGUGUGUGGAAAACCACGCCAGAGUCAGGACCUUAGAAUUACACAAGGGUUUAGUCAUACAUGCAGAAACGCCUGUCACAUAAAAUAUUAUGUGUACAAACAAAACGAUCGUUCUCGCCCGGGGAGAAGUCAGUUGUUCGACAAAGCAAACGUCCGCCAGCUGUUAACGGUGCAUCGCAAGCUGCUGGAGGAUGCGGACGGCAGCCAAAGUACUGAUGUGACCCAAUCAAUACCCCGGUACUCAGCGCCCUGACGUCACAGAUACCCCAGUCUACAAGCACAGAUGGUUGUUGGUGUCCUACAUCACUCACUUAAUUGUUGUAGCGUCCUUUCUACGCCUGCAGGUUGGAGCUGACUCCCCUUUCGGCUGUGUUAUUUUCUGCAAAGACCGGUUGCAGGGAUGAGGGUGAGCGAACAAAUUUAUUUCAUCAGACACUUCGUGCGGGAGAUGGCAGGAGACGAAGAAGAAGAGGAGAAGCGAUUCACGAUGAUUUAUUCGCUGAAAUCUGAGUUUAAAUGUCGGAAAUUUGGAGCCAGUCACAAAAGUCGGGAAGUGUUCUUCUCGAGCCAGUGGCUGCAUCCAAAGAUAUAUUUAGUCUGGCGAAUCUUCUGGGCGUUGUACCACUUGGGGUGGAUGACGUAUGACGUGUGGUAUGACGUCACGAAUAAUCCUCACCUGGGGACAUGGCUGAUCUACCUGACCAACUGGACCUUCCUGUGGCUGACAGCCUGCUGUCUUCUUGAUGCCAUAGUUGUAUGCUACUCAAACUGUACAGAGUCGUCUGCAGAAGAAUUGCCAUGGUUCAUGCAGUUGCUCUGGUUGGCAUACGAAGUAUCUGUCGUGUGCAGCUUGUUUGUGUCCAUCGUCUAUUGGUCUGUCAUGUUUGGACACAGAAAAAACUUUGGGCCAUUAGCUGAGCUUACUCUGCCAAGUCUCGUCACGCAUCUCUUCAAUUCUAUUUACGUUCUGACGGACUUGUGUGUGCGAGCGACACCUAUACGCCUUCUUCAUGCAGUCUACUCCAUCCUGUACCUGCUCACUUACCUGGUCUUUGCAGUCAUUUACACGGAGACUGGCGGCAAAAACAUGAACGGCGACAACUUCAUCUACCGUCCAAUGGACUGGAGUGAUGCCUCCAUCCUGGCGGUCUUUGUUCUCGCCAUGGCCGCCUUGGCGGUUCUGCACCUGAUGGUGUACACCAUCGCUGUUGUUCGCGGUGUCGUCACAGAGAAAGUCUGCCGAUGUAAGAAGAAUUCUUUGGAUGUCGUCGUCCACGAAUCCCUGUACACAGCUUCACAACUUGUGAUCUAAGACCUAGUUCACUGGAGACCAUUUAAAAACUUGACCGUGAGGUUUUGUCUUUCAGACCAGAAUGCAGCAGUAUCGGUUGCAACCAUCGUGUAGUAUUUUUUCACCUGGCAAUUGAUGGUUGUCGAAAGAAACACUGACGUUUGAUGUUAUUCAAUCAGCACUGGUUUUUUUUUUUCAAGCUAGUCCCAGUUGAAGAUGGGUGUGAUACGUUCUUGUAUCACAAUUAGUAUUUGAGUUCAUAUUCCUCAAGAACAAUUAAUAUGACUACCUCUCAAGGAAUAGACUUGACAUCACACGUCAUCACUAUGAGAUUCAGCUUUAUUUAUUCCAGAGGGCAAUUAAAUGGAGCUCUGCAUGGAAGCACAUGAACAAAACAAUUCCACAACACAUUCAUAUCCACUCCACCAAAGUGACUUAUACAAUCAUGGUUCAGACUUACAUUCAUUCGCUCACAGUAGCCUUCAAAAGCCGCAAGGCACAAGCAACGAAGGACAGCCUCAGUAUGUUGAUCUGGCAUGCAGGUACACAGAGUCGGCAGCCUGAUGGAUGCAACUCUUUCGUGAGAAUUUGCUUUCAUCUCGUAGAAAUGCAGGCACUUUCAGAAGUGUCUGCCUGUUAUACACGAGCCCAAGAAAUACAGGAUUAUCGCUAAAGGGGGAGUGAAUCUAGAGUGAAUCUAGAGCAGGUCGUACCUGCUGUACUGAAAGAAAAGAAGUUGUUGAUGUCGAACAAGAUGCGACCAAAAGAAAGAACAAGACAAAAAGACGAAGAAAUGUUUUUCAUCAAUGGCAAACGUGAUUUAACUUCAGGCUGUAGUCUAUUAGUAACACUAGUAGACAAACUCUUUUUUCAGUCGUUGACACAACUGUUUGAAUGAAGAAUGGCAGAAUUGUAAUGACACAUUUUUUUCUUCUAAUGGCAAAAGUACAGCCGGCGCUAGAGGGUGGCGGAAGACCGACCAAGGCCUCGCGCCUGAUGGGGGCCCUCCGCUAACAAGUGCAACGUCGGGAUGAGACAGUCCGUAUUUUUUAUUGACAUCCUGUGUGUUUUGUGCCGGGUUCAAGAGGUCCAGCAAUUCUCUUUGCCCAAAGUUACGCAUCACCCCUAGCGCCGGUCCUGGUGCAAGUCUUACAAAAUCGUUUUGACCAUAAAGGUGGCCUUUCCGAGGGCUAGGAAACUGGACUAAUUUACUCGAUCUUUAGCUUCUAGCAUCUUUUUGACUUUCUAGUCAAAGAAAAUCGCAUUUAUUGUUUGCAUAAGCCUUAAUAGAUGAUAUAUUAAUGGCAGUAAAAUGUUGAUAGUUUUUAUAUAUAUAUGACAAGACAAACACUCAAGUUUCUGUGACUAACGUUUCGUACACCAUUGUUACACUUCGAAGAGAGAAAGUGUGUGUGUGUUGUCAUAAAUAUUCCAGAAGCAGUUUCAGUCUUUUUAAACUUCGAGUAUGUAUACGAAUCUUUUUUCUUAGGUUUCGACGAUGCGUACCAUCUGGAAGGUCACGACCUCAAAGUUCUGUGCCUUUUACAACAAGCAGCAUUACUCGCUGUUGUAGUGACAACAGUUCUCGAAUGCUGUUUAGGAAAACUCUCCCAGAAACAAGGCUAUUUUUAGUAAACAAGAUCAAGGCCAUAAGAAGCCUAUUCACGUCUUUGUUAGCGUGGGAAGUUGUAGGAGUGGCCACAUCCUUGUCCGUGGUGUUGCAAUGAUUGCACUACACACUACACAAAACGCGGGCGUGAUACACACAACAACAGAAUUUCCUAGGCCUGGAAAGUCCUUCCAGCGAGAAGUCAAUAAAAGAAAGCAUCAUUCUUUGCUGAAUAAUGACAACAUUAUGUAGAAGUCUUGGAAGCUGCGUGCGUUAGAAUAUCUGUUCACAACGGAACUUUUGCCACAGGAGCCAGCUGCAUAGUACACCGCUAGCAUUUUAAUUGCUAAUAUAAGCAUCCAUCUAGCGCCUUAAAGUGGCGUAUACUAGCUGUUUACGGGGUCACAGACGGUGUCACAGUGCAGCCUCGUGGUAACUUACUGCUCGAAGCUUUUUUAAUGUACGGUAAGACAAAAGCGGAACACCAGGUCCCAUUUAUACAACAAAUACAAUGUUUAUUUCUCCUCGACAAAGACUGAAGAAAGAAAAAUGAUAGCGACAGUCUGACAACUUUAAAGCCUAAGACUCACUGAAAAUGCGGGGCAUGCUUUUACCUUUCCGUGAUAUUUCUCCAACCGAUUU